CCAUUUUCUCAACUUUACCCAACGCCCUGAAACACUACACUACCUAUCCUCAUUUAUUACUCCCUGCAUUCAUUUCCCGCUUCUUUCACCUCCACUUAACCACCGCUGCUACCGGCGAUGGCCGACAAGAAUAAACGCCGGCGAGCCGACGCCGAUUCCGAUAACCGUCCAUUCAAAUCCAAACUAAAACCCGAUUCCGUCAUCCUCCAAACCCUAAAAACCCUAAAAUCCUCCGCCGCCGCCUCCAAAACCCUAACCCUCUCCGACGUCGGCCUCUCCUCCACCUGCCGUGAAGUCUCCGAUCUCCCAAUCGAUGAAGUCCAAUCCGAAAUCGAAUCUCUCGCAUAUCGUAUCGCCAGCUCCAUUCUCUCCGGCGAAGGCUUCUCCUUCUCCGUCCCUUCCCGUUCCGCCGCUAAUCAACUCUACGUAUCCGAACUCGACCGCAUUGUCCUCAAAGACAAAUCAUCAGUUCGAAACUUCGGUAACGUAUCCACCGUUCGUAAAGCAACAAUCACUCUCCGGAUUCUCCAGCUUGUUCAUCAGUUAUGCACAAGUAACAUACAUGUAACUAAGCGUGAUUUGUUCUACACGGAUGUUAAGUUGUUUCAGGAUCAGACGCAGUCUGAUGGCGUUUUAGAUGAUAUUUCGUGUAUUGUGGGAUGCACUAGAUCGAGCCUGAAUGUCGUUGCUGCUGAGAAGGGAGUUGUUGUAGGGAGGUUGAUGUUUAGCGAUAAUGGAGAUAUGAUUGAUUGUACGAAAAUGGGAAUGGGAGGGAAAGCUAUACCUCCGAAUAUCGAUAGAGUUGGUGAUAUGCAGAGUGAUGCAUUGUACAUACUGUUGGUUGAGAAAGAUGCUGCGUUUAUGAGAUUGUCUGAAGAUCGAUUUUAUAAUCGAUUUCCGUGCAUUAUUGUUACGGCAAAAGGGCAACCGGAUGUGGCGACUAGGUUGUUUCUGAGGAAGAUGAAGAUGGAGUUGAAUUUGCCAGUUCUAGCAUUGGUGGACAGUGAUCCAUAUGGGUUGAAGAUAUUGUCUGUAUAUGGGUGUGGAUCGAAGAAUAUGUCGUAUGAUAGUGGGAACUUGACUACACCGGAUAUUAAGUGGUUGGGUAUUAGACCGAGUGAUUUGGAUAAGUAUAAGAUACCGGAGCAAUGUAGGUUGCCGAUGACUGAACAAGAUAUUAAGACGGGGAAGGAUUUGUUGGAGGAGGAUUUUGUGAAGAAGAAUCCGGCUUGGGUUGAAGAGUUGAAUUUGAUGGUGAAGACUAAGCAAAAGGCUGAGAUUCAGGCGUUGAGUUCGUUUGGAUUUCAGUAUCUGUCUGAAGUGUAUUUGCCAUUGAAGCUUCAAGAACAAGAUUGGAUAUGAGAGUUCAAAUCUUGUUUAAUUACUUGAAUAUUGUUGUGUUAAUUCACUGUUAAAGUUAGACGUCUCUCGCUUAUUGUUUUUAUGGAGUUCAUUGUUGUGUUAA